AAGGUAGAAUCAUACGCAAAGCUCCUUAUAUAUAAAAAGGUUAAGUGCAGUGCGCCACCAUCUAUCUUCGUUCAAGAAGCAAAGCAGCUUAGACCUUCAUCAUUAUCAUCUUCAUCAAUCGCCUUCACACCUCGUCAGCCAUUUCCAGAAUCUCAAAGGAAUAGAUUAAUGGCAGAAGGUAAUUCUCCAGUUCCGGCGAACGGAAUGACGCUGGAAGCCGUGAGAGACUCAUUGAUCAGACAAGAAGACACUAUUAUUUUCAGUCUGAUAGAAAGAGCAAAGUUCCCCUUGAAUUCUCCAACCUAUCAGCAAUCUUACGCUUCCAUUCCUGGAUUUUCUGGUCCUUUGAUUGACUUUUUUGUUAAACAAGCAGAAGCUCUUCAGGCGAAGACUGGUAGAUAUCAAAAUCCUGAAGAACAUCCCUUUUUUCCAGACGAUUUACCACCUUCAUUGGUGCCGCCAUAUGACUUUCCACCGAUAUUGCAUCCUGCAGCGAAUUCCAUCAACGUUAAUAAUAAAAUAUGGGAUACAUACUUCAACCAAUUGCUUCCUUUGUUGGCCAAACCAGGUGAUGAUGGAAAUUAUGCAUCAACAGCCACGAGCGACCUCAAUUGUUUACAGGCCAUAUCAAGAAGGAUACAUUAUGGAAACUUUGUAGCUGAGGUCAAAUUCAAGGAUGCCCCAGAAGACUAUGAGCCCGCAAUUCGCGCUCAGGACAGAGAUGCUCUAAUGAAACUGUUGACAUUUGAAGCAGUAGAAAAGAUGGUGGUAGAAAGGGUUGGAAAGAAGACGAAGACAUUUGCACAGGAAGUAACAUUGAACAGCACCAGUAGGAACGACCAAAAGUGCAAGGUGGAUCCAAGUGUGGUUUCUCAACUCUAUGAAAAAUGGAUAAUGCCUCUCACAAAACUUGUUGAAGUAGAGUACCUCCUUCGCCGGCUCGAUUGAAAUUGAAUUGCCUCCCUUCUGAAUUCUGAUAAUCUGGUACUCAAUUUAGGAGAUCAGUAUCUGUAUUAAAGUUUUAAAUAAUAAAUAAGAAUCAUAUUUUCGGUAGCCAAGGCCUUGUUGAUGUAGUUAUGGUAGAGAACUUUGUGCUCUGCUUUGCAAACAUGUAACGUAUAGGUUGCAUUGCAUAUGCAUAACUUAUGAAUGAGAAAAUAAGUAGAAAAAGGCUUUAUUUAUUUAUUAUAUUA